CUUUAGACAUUGCGCAAGAACUUGCUUCAGGCUUGCGCUUUUGUAAAGUACACUGUAGAACCAUAUUAUAGAUAGAACAGUAGGACAGUUAAUCUAUGGUACAUGGUGUAAGUGUCCAGUUAUACUGAAAAUUAUAUUACAACAAGAGAUCGAGUACUUAAUUGAUUGUCCAUAUAAAGUCGACCUUCAAAAAUGAACGACAUCGACUAUGAUGAAUACAUGCACAGGGCUAGGGCUAGGGCCAUCGACCGUGAUGUAUACAUCUCUAGCGCUAUACGUAGGGCUAGGGACUCCAAGUUGCACCUGUUGAAGCUGGUGCGGAGACAACAGAGUAGAACAGCUAGCACAGAAAACUCAAGCACGAGUCAAGGCUGGACACAAGACCUUGGAGUGGAACCCCCUGUUUACUCAAACCAGGUCACCCUGGAUGGUGCUGAUGAGCCAAACCAAGUGCAAAUCGAAACCGAACCAAAGGAUUACCAAGGGAUCAACCACCCUUGGUAUUACAGAUACCCGUUCAGCGACACCCUGGAUAGUGCUGACGAGCCAAAGGAGAUUGAAACCGAACCAAAGGAUUUAUGGAUUCCCUCACUGCUGCCGCCCUAUUGGAGUUACAGACACCAGGUCACCAGCCUGGAUCAUGCUGAUGAGCCAAACAAAGUGCAGAUCGAAACCGAACGAAACCAAGGGUUUUCGUACGAAGACUAUUACGAAGACCAGGUUUCUGCCUUCAAAGUAAGCCAAGUUCCCUCAAGUCAAGCAGGUGAGGAUGAUCAAUGGAACAAACAAUUGACCAUUGACGAUCUGCAUGAAGUUUUGUCUGCACUGAUCGAUGCCACUUUGGAUUGGCUUGAGUUGGGCCUCGCUUUGAAGAUUAAAGUUUCCACUCUUGAGGGUAUCAAUUCUAACAAGGGUAAAAACACCGACAAAGCUUGCAUGCGUGAAAUGCUGGCCCACUGGUUGCGAUCUUCAUCUUCUCGUACAUGGAGUGACAUUUGCAAGGGCCUCAGAAGUGAAACUGUCCAGCAAGACGUUCUAGCUGAUACAAUUGAACGCAAAUACCAAGGCACAGGUACAGGCAUGUCCAGGAAGAAGCGCAAAUCAUCUUCCAAUCAUGUGACCAUCUAACAUUCAAACAUUUCUGUUUUUGUCUUACACAUGUUUUUUGUCUUACACAUGUUUUUGUCUUACACAUGUUCACGGUAUAUACCUUAGCCUCGAUCCCAGCUGCACUUCCUUUAUUGAAGGCCUGUGAAAGAGUCUAGUGUACACAAGCUAGUGUACACAAGAGUAGUACUCUUAUCUACUCUUGGUGUACACACAUACAAAGCUAGUGUAUACAUGUAUAUACCAUGUUUAUAGAGCACUGUAUUUAGCUAAUUUUUGUCUUGUACAUGUACUUCACAAAUUUAUGACAUAAUAAUUAUUUUAAACUUCAAA